GGCGAGUCGUUCUCUUCGUUCCUAUGCUCACCGUCGCAUGCCCUUCUUACCUCAGGAUAUCGGGUGACUCAGUCCGAGGUUGUCGCUCGAUAAGGUGGCCCAUCAGCAAAGGGUCUUCGUCUUCGAGCAGGAGGAUCAACAGAGUGCAGACUUUCCAAGACAAUUUUCCUCUCGCUGCUGCUAAUCACCAAGAGAGCCGUUGCGUCUGUCUUGACACCGAACAGCUACACGCCAAUCGACAUGACCACCGCCAACAUGGCCAUCACCCCGAGCAACUCGACCGCAAUCCCGUUCACCAUCGCGAACAGCUGCGGCGAGACGAUCUGGCCCGGCAUCGCAACUCAGAACGGCACUGGGCCCGGGACAGGCGGCUUCGAGCUCGCGCCGGGCGGCAGCAGGACACUGUUCGUGAGUCCAGACUGGGCAGGGCGAGUCUGGGGGAGGACCAACUGCUCGUUCAACAGUGACGACAGCGGGGCGGGCUAUCGCAGCGGUGCGGAUGGGUACGGAGCGGCGUGUCGGACGGGGGACUGCUUUGGCAAGUUGGACUGCGAGUUCCCGGGCCAAGUUCCCACCACCCUCGCCGAGUUCACGCUCCAGGGCGGCAGCUCCAACAACCAAACCUUCUACGACAUCUCCCUCGUCGACGGCUACAACCUCCCGCUAGCCAUCAUCUACCACCCGGCCGCCAACACCACCUGGAUCCCGCCCAGCCUGACCAACCCAGCCUGCAUCGCCACGGCAGGCUACAUCUUCACGCCUGUCGCCUCUUCCUCACCGUCGAACUCAAGGCUCCGCUUCACCCACUCGGUCUACCCUUACCCCUUUGAGGAUUACCAAACAGACGCCACCCUCUCAACCUGGUGUCCCCCCUCCUUGCUCCAUUCCGCCCUGCCAAGACCCAUUGGCCUCCCCUGGUGGGAGCGUCGCCCUUCAUCCACUUCAUCUACUUCACCAUCUCCCAACAGCAACAGCAACGACAACAACCGCCCGGCCUUCCAGCCCUGCCUGUCCCCCUGCUCAGCCUACCACACCGCCGCCGACUGCUGCACGGGCCCUUUCAACUCGCCCGACACGUGCAAGCCCUCGGCCUACAGCCAAGCCGCGAAGCGGGUGUGUCCCGAUGCCUACAGCUUCGCGUUUGACGACCGCGCCAGCACGUUUGUGGUGCCCUCAGGCGGCGGCGGCUGGGAGGUCCGCUUCUGCCCGAGGGGGAUGCGGAGUACGGAUAUCUUAGGGAGGUUUGCUGAUGAGGUGGAGCAGGUUGGCCAGGGGAGGAAGUUGAGUGACGAUGCGCUGAGGCGGAUCAGGGGUGGGAGUGUAGAGAGGGGCGAGGCGACUGGGCACUUAAAGGGCAGAGAAACGGGGUGGAGGGUUGUGGGAGUUGUUUUGGCGGUGGCCAUGGCUUUGUUUAUGGUCUAAGGGGGUGACGGUACCUAGCUACGGUACCUAUGGCAGAGAUCAUGGCGGUCUGGCGAGAUAGAUAUUGUAUUGUACAUACAUACCUGGCGGAGGGUGUAGUUAGCAGAGGUUGGGGUUCCACCUAGGAGGCCCGUUGCUCGCUUUUGAGGCGUGUGUAGACCCUACAUUCUCCCAACCUAGAGAAUUCAUACAGGCGCCUUUUUCUCCGUUAAAA